AUUGUAAUCCUAAAUAGGGGUGGGCAUUCAGUCGGUUCGGUUUCGACCGAACCGAAAUUAUGAAUUCCGGGUCCCCGAAUUCUCCUAAAUCUCAAACCGAAUUCGAACCGAAUUAUAAUUCGGUUCGGUCGGUUUAAACCGAAUUAUAGUUAGGUUUGGUUUUUCACACAAAACCGAAUUUGUGAAGCUACUUGUAUUUUCUCACUUUUAAAUUAUUUUCACCCCUAAUAUAAACAAUAAAUAUCAAUUAUAUGCAUCAUCAAUGAUAAAACCAAACUUUUCAACACAUAAGUCAUAAAACAUUUCAAAUAUUUAAGUCUAAAAACAACUACAAACAUAAAAAUCCACCAUUUGGAGCUUGCAAUUAUAGUAUUUCGGUUUUUCGGUCGGAAAUUCGAAAAUUCGGUUCGGUUGAAAGAACCCUGAUUUCCGAACUAUCCAUAUUUUCCUUACGAAUUCUGAACCGAAUAACAUUAAUUCGGUUUUGAUUCGGUUUAAUUCGGUUUCGAUUCAGUUCGGUUCGGGUUUACCGAACCUUUUGCCCACCCCUAAUCCUAAACCCUAACCCUAAAUCCCUAAAUCCUAAGUCCUUCGAAUUAAAGUAAAUUUUGAAUGAAUUUUUUUUCAAAUUCAUGUGCUUCUUGUUCGUAAUAUCAUAAGCAACAAUUGAUACCGUUUUGACAUGAAUCGCAUGCUCAGAAUGGCAAUUAUGAGGCGGGUGCACUGAGACUGAUUGCACCCGAAAAAGUGGGUGCACAGAAUACACCACCAUAUAUAUAUUGUCAUUAGAUACCUUCAUUAGAGAGAGUGAACAAAGAUCAACAGUGUACGAGUACAAAUAACCUACUGGCAGGACCAAGGUUGUCAACCCGCGGGUUGGCCCGGACCCAGCCUUAAAAACGGGUUAAAAUAGCCCAUUUGAGAGUUAGUUCGGAAAUGGUCAAACCCGGGAAAGCCAGGUCAGACUCGGGAAAACCCGGGCGGUUGGCCCGUCCGAGCAGGUCAGUGGGCUGCUCGUUCUAAAGUGUCGUUGAAUUUUUACUAUGUUGAAUUUAAGUCGAUGUUAUUUAAGUGUGUUGUUGUUUAAGUACGAUUGAUUUUUAUGUUGGAUUCAAAAAUAAGUACAAUAUAAUGACUUUUUCAUAUUUUUAGAGUAAACCGGAUUAAAACGAGUGACCCAUUAACCCUUGACUCACUAUCUCAACCGGGUCCGGAUCGACCCGCGGGUUGAGAGCCUUGCACAAAUUCAGAACCUUGCGAACAAACAUUCAAAGGAGCAAUGGCCCAUGACCAAGAGGCCCAAACCUCAAACUGUGGGAUCCAAUGAACGGGCCACACGAAUCACUUAAUAGCAAUUGACCCUUCCAACGCUUACCACCAGACCAGUCCAGCCCAGCGAAUUCUACGCUCCCAGUCGCCUCGACUUGUCCAUUCUAAGUUCUAACCCCAACCGAUUAGCUUCUGAAUUCUCUUUUUUCCACGCAAACCUCUGUCUACGUCAUAGAGACACCUGAGGCCUGAGGGUAGGUAACUUCUCUGCAAUCUCCCACAGAAAAUUCUGCCUCUGACUCUUUCACUCCCCCAACAAUGUUGCCGACGAUCUCAGUCCCUCCCUAUAUAUAUUUCUAAAUCCAGCCCCUCCCCUCCAUCAAACAUUCCAUUUCCUAUAUCCAAUUCCUCCGCUUCCUGCAUUAUCAAUCAAUUGCAAGCUAACUUCAGCGACCUCUGUUUCCCGCUAUGGACGCCACAACGUUGGCGAUUCGAAGACAAACCACCGCCCAAUUGCCGCCCUCCCCACUCCAGCCCAGGACAAGAAUCAGGGCAUGGAAAUUGAACCUCCGCGCCACCUGGCGCUCCCUCAAAACCACAUUCUCCCGCAACCUUCUCAAACGGCUCCACCACAACCGCACAACAUCAUCAUCAUCCGCCAAAAAACAGAGUCGAAUCACCCCCGCCAAAAGACAGAGCAACGCCGGUGGCGGAGGCGACAUCCGCCCCCACAAACCACUCGCCCAUCUCCUCCAAGCUCCCUACACGGCCUCCGAUUUCAUCGACUGGGGCGACCGCAUGACCCCCACGUUCUCCCCCAAGCGCGACAUCUCCGCGCGGUGGCGCGACCUCCACGGCGCCGGCGACUGGGCCGGCCUCCUCGACCCAAUCGACCCGGCCCUCCGCGCCGAGAUCAUCAAGUACGGCGAAUUCGCCUCCGCCACCUACGACGCCUUCGACUUCGACCCGCUCUCCGAGUUCUGCGGUAGCUGCAGGUACAACCGCCACAAGAUGCUCCACGAGCUCGGCCUCGCCGCCAAGCACGGCUACACCACCGCCACCCGCUACAUCUACGCAAUGUCCCACGUCGACGUCCCCAAUUGGCUCGCCCGCACCUCCACAACCUGGAGCAGAGACUCCAACUGGAUGGGGUACGUCGCCGUCAGCGACGACGCGGAAUCGAAGCGAAUCGGCCGGCGCGACAUCGUAGUGGUCUGGCGGGGGACGGUGGCGCCGUCCGAGUGGUUCAGCGACCUCAAGGCCAGGCUGGUCCGGGUCAACGACGCCGUCAGAGUCGUCAAGGUACAAGAAGGGUUCCUCUCUGUUUACAAAUCGAAAGCAGAGCACACUCGGUACAACAAAUCCAGCGCUUCAGAACAGGUAAUUGAAGAGCUAAUCAAGCUGGUGAGAACUUACAGAGAAAAGGGUGAGGAAGAAAUCAGCAUCACGAUAACAGGACACAGCUUGGGAGGCGCGUUGUCUCUGUUAACAGCUUACGAAGCUGCGUGUUUAAUUCCUGACGUUUACAUCAGCGCAAUCACAUUCGGCGCGCCCAGAGUUGGGAAUUUGGCAUUCAGGGAGAAGAUGAAGGAAUUGGGGGUGAAAGUUCUGAGAAUCGAAGUGGAAGAAGAUAUCGUACCGAAUCUGCCUGGAAUUGUGAUGAACACGGUGCUGAGGAAGCUGUCGAUUACGAGGAGGUGGAAUUGGAUUUACAGGCACGUCGGGAGGAAGUUGGAGCUGCACGUUUCGAGCUCGCCGUACUUGAAGAAGGAGUUUGAGAUAGCUGGGAGCCAUAACUUGGAGGUGUAUCUUCACCUGGUGGAUGGAUAUGUGAGUAAAGGGGCCAAGUUUAGGUGGAAUGCGAGGAGGGAUUUGGCGCUGGUGAAUAAGAGUACUGAUAUGUUGAUACCGGAGCUCAAGAUUCCUGAGUUUUGGUAUCAUUUGCCUUAUAAGGGAUUGGUGCUGAACAAGUAUGGAAGAUGGGUGAAGCCAGGGAGAAAGCUUGAAGACAUUCCUUCUCCAUUUUCCUCUGAGUUAUCGAGUCACGAGCCUAUACUCGAACUCGUGGAAUCUUAAUGGAGACAUAACAUAAAGGAUUUUUCUCAAAUGUUGUGGGGAGAGUUAAUUGUAGUCUAGAUCACAAAAUAAGGGGUAGUUUGUUUAGUGUAUUUUGCAAAUGUAGUAUUUGCUAAGGAUUUUUUUUUUAUAAAAGAUAAUCAUAUAUUUGUUAAGGGUAGAUAUUUGACAAUUUAAACAUUUUUAAAUUAGGUUGUUUGCUGAAAAAAAAAUUUAGAUGAGUUCGUUUGUAUAAUGUAUUGUUUUGCCAUUAUAUGUAAUAUGUUUUAUUUUCUAGUUUUUUAUUUUAAUAAAGUUAACCAUAAAAAUAAAAUUUAUUUUGAAAACGACAUGUAAUAUAUCAUUUUUCAACCCAAACAUAACCUAUAUUUGAAACCGGUCUUCAAAAUAGCUAGUAACGAUUAUUUUAUUAGAAAUAAUUGAAAAGUAUUAAUGGAAAAUAAUUGGAGAGAAUUAUUUUGAGUAAUUGGAAAGUACUGAGUUUAUGAAGACAAAAUAGAGAAAGGUUAAUAUUGGGUAUAUUUAAAAGGAUAGACGAAAGAUUGAAAAGUGGUAACCGAAAAUGAGUCAUUUGCAAAAUAAUAGGGACAAUCAUUUUAAUGAAUGAAUUGAAUAAUUAAAUAAUAAUUUUAUGUUAUAAAC